ACGUGUUACGGUGCUCCAGCCACCGAGGUGGCUUUGCUGCGGCGUUGGUCGCAUUCUGAGCCUGGUAGCCGAAGGGGGGACCCCAGAGCCCUCGAAAGCUACGCAAUGGAUUUGGUGACCUUUGAGGAUGUGGCUGUGCACUUCACUCAAGAGGAGUGGGCUUUGCUGGAUCCUUUCCAGAAGAAUCUGUACAGAGAUGUGAUGGAGGAAACUGUCAGUAAUCUGGCCUCUGUAGGAAUAAAAUUGGACGACCUGAAUAUUGAAGAACUUUACCAAAGUCCUGACGAAAACCUAAGAAGUCAUGUGGUAGAGAGACUCUGGGCAAGGGUAGAAGAUGGUCAAUGUCGAGAAACUUUCAGACAGAUUCCAGAUACUAGGGUCAGCAAGAAAACUCCUGCUGUAAAAUCAUAUGACUGCCGUGUGUGUGGAGAAGUCUUCAUUGGUCAUUCAUCCCUAAAUAGGCACAUGAAAGCUCACACUGAACAUAAACCAAGUGAACACAAGGAUGGAAAGAAGACAAAUCAAGAUAAGCAAUGUGGAAAUGCCUUCAGUUUUUGCUAUAAAAAAUCUGAAAGAACUUGCGUUGAAGAGAAAUCUUAUCAGUGUAAGGAAUGUGGAAAAUUCUAUAUUUCUCUAUUAAACUUUCAAAGACACAUUGAGAGGCACAGUGGAGAGAGACCUUAUAAAUGUAAGAUAUGUGGCAAAGACUUUUAUUCUUCUAGUUCUUUUCAAAUACAUGAAAGAACUCACACCGGAGAGAAACUCUAUCAAUGUGAACAGUGUGGUAAAAGUCUAAGUACUUCCAAAGCCUUUCAGAUACAUAAAAGAACUCAUACUGGAGAGAAACCUCAUGAAUGUAAGGAAUGUGGGAAAGCUUUCAACUGUCCCAGUACUUUUCAAAGACAUAAAAGAAUUCACACUGGAGAAAAACCCUAUGAGUGUAAAAAAUGUGGUAAGGCUUUCAGUCGUUUCAGUUCUUUUCGAAUACAUGAAAGAAUGCAUGCUAGGAAAAACACAUGCUAUGAAUGUGAUGAAUGUGGGAAAGCUUUCAUUUCUUUUGCAUCUUUUCAAAGACACAUGAUAACGCAUACUGGAGAUGGACCUCACAAAUGUAAGGAAUGUGGAAAAGCAUUCAUUAGUUCUAGUGCAUUUCAAAUACAUGAACGACAACACACUGGAGAGAAGCCCUUUGAGUGUAAACAGUGUGGAAAAAUGUUAAGUAGUGCCAGUUCCUUUCAAAUACAUGAAAGGACUCACACUGGAGAGAAACCAUAUGAAUGUAAGGAGUGUGGGAAAACCUUCAGUUGUCCCAGCUCCUUUCAAAGACAUGAGAAGACUCACACUGGGGAGAAGCCAUAUGAGUGUAAGCAGUGUGGUAAGGCUUUUAGUCGUUCCUGCUACCUUCAGAUGCACGAAAAGUCUCACACUGGAGAGAAGCCCUACAUUGGAGAGAAGCCUUACCAGUGUAAACUGUGUGGUAAAGCAUUUCGUAGUUCUAGUUCCUUUCAGAUUCAUGAAAGAACUCAUACUGGAGAAAAACCCUAUGAAUGUAAAGAAUGUGGGAAAGCCUUCAGUUGUCAAAGUUCACUUAAAAGACAUGAAAAGAUUCACACUGGAGAGAAACCGUAUCAGUGUACACAGUGUGGUAAAGCUUUUGGACGUUACAGUUCCCUUCAAAUACAUGAAAGAAAUCACACUGGAGAGAAACCAUAUGAAUGUCAAGAAUGUGGUAAAGUCUUCAGUAGUUCUAGUUCGUUUCAAAUACAUAAAAGAACACACACUGGGGAGAAACCCUAUGUUUGUCAAGAAUGUGGGAGAGCCUUCAGUUGUCCCAGUACCCUUCAGAAACACAGAAGGUCUCACACUGGAGAAAAACCCUAUGUGUGUAUGAAGUGUGGGAAAGCUUUCAGUCGGUCUAGUAACUUUCGAACACACCAAAGAUCUCAUUCUGAAGGAAAAACUGCACAAAUAUAGUAAGGGUGGGUAAGCCUUAUCUUGUUGCAGUUCCUUUGAGAAGUGUAGAAGAGAUCAUGUUGUGGAGGCACCCUGUGCAAAGAAUAUAGGAAGGCAUUCUUUGUGCAGCUUUUUAGCAUAUUUGAGAAUGUAUAUUGGUGAGAAACCUUUUAAGUACAGAUGGUAACAGUGGCUUUUGUGUUCCACUUCAGCUUGAAGUCAUGAAAGAACAAUGGAGAGAAUAUAAGCAGCAUACAUAAGCCUUCAUUUGGCUCAAAUCCUUACAGAGAUGGGUAAGAAGGCUCACUGGGGAUUGGUGGUGUGGCUCUUCGGUAAAGGGCCUGCAUCACAGUCACAGUUCAAUCGCAGCACUACCACCAGAAAAUCUGUUUUUUGAGCCCAGCACUCCCACCAGAAGAAGGAAGGAGGGAGGCAGGAGAGAGUGCACACUGGAUUAAAAGGUUGAGAGUAUGAAAAGUAUGUUUGCCAUUUUAAAAAUAGAGACUUACAACUAUUUCCAGCUUAGUGAAAUAUACAAAUUGAAAUAAUAUGAAAAACCUAAUGUAAAUACGUAAUGCUCCAGGAAGCACACAUUGUGAAGGAAAUGGUGUAAAAGAUAAAAAUGGAUUUUCUUUUAUAAAUGGUUCUUUGUUAAUGUGGACAUUGGGCCUGUGGAGAUUACUACUUUGCAAAGAAUCACUGAGGUGAGAUAAUUCUGUAAAUACUUUUAAAGCAACUGUGAAUUUAAUAUGUGUGUUUUGUUUGUUUUUUUUUUUUUUUGUACAAAUAUUCAAACUG